CCUUCGCUGCAUUCCCUCCAGACAUGACUGAUUGGAGACCUAUUGACUUUGGAAAUAAACCACUUUUCAACGGCAGGGAACGUGUGAACGGAGGUUUCCCGUUCCCAGAGUGGAGUACCCCUGGCCCGUCCAUGGACCCCUCUGUGACACGUGUCUCUGAGAAGGACAACUCGUGGCUCUACACCCUGGAUCCUAUCCUGGUCACCAUCAUCGUCAUGUCUUCCCUGGGCGUACUGCUGGGGGCGGUGUGUGGUGGCCUGCUGCUCUACUGCACCUGCUACUACAGCGGCCUGUCGUCACGGAGCUCCACCACAUUGGAGAACUACAACUUUGAGCUGUACGACGGAAUCAAACACAAGGUGAAGAUCAACCAGCAACGCUGCUGCUCCGAGGCCUAGGACGCUUUCCUCCACCGGAAGGCCUUCUCCUACAAACCCUUGGGCUGUUCCAACCCAAAGAAUUAAUGCUUGAUGACACCGACAUACAGACAGAUACACCCGCUAGACCCUACCCCCCACCCCUCGGGGGUCUCUUCUCUGCCUGCAGGAGAGGCCCUGAUCAAUCAAAACUUUGGAAUGAACCACACUUACCUGCCAUGAUGCCACACUACUGGCCAGUGGACCACAGUGGUCUGGGCUUGGACCUGAAGACUUACUGUCCGUCUGGGCUUGGACCUGAACACUUACUGUCCGUCUGGGCUUGGACCUGAAGACUUACUGUCCGUCUGGGCUUGGACCUGAACACUUACUGUCCAUCUGGGCUUGGACCUGAACACUUACUGUCCGUCUGGGCUUGGACCUGAACACUUACUGUCCGUCUGGGCUUGGACCUGAAGACUUACUGUCCGUCUGGGCUUGGACCUGAACACUUACUGUCCAUCUGGGCUUGGACCUGAACACUUACUGUCCAUCUGGGCUUGGACCUGAACACUUACUGUCAGUCAAGGCUUGGACUCAAACUCCUAUUGUCAAUCUGGGCUUGGGCCUGAACUCCUACUGUCAGUCAAGGCUUGGACUCAAACUCCUACUGUCAGUCUGGGCUUGGACUCAAACUCCUACUGUCAGUCUGGGCUUGGGCCUGAACUCCUACUGUCAGUCAAGGCUUGGACUCAAACUCCUACUGUCAGUCUGGGCUUGGACUCAAACUCCUACUGUCCGUCUGGGCUUGGACUCAAACUCCCACUGUCUGGGCUUGGACCUGAUCUCCUACUGUCAGUCUGGGCUUGGACCUGAUCUCCUACUGUCAGUCUGGGCUUGGACCUGAUCUCCUACUGUCAGUCUGGGCUUGGACUCAAACUCCCACUGUCAGUCUGGGCUUGGACCUGAUCUCCUACUGUCAGUCUGGGCUUGGACCUGAUCUCCUACUGUCAGUCUGGGCUUGGACCUUAUCUCCUACUGUCAGUCUGGGCUUGGACUCAAACUCCCACUGUCAGUCUGGGCUUGGACUCAAACUCCCACUGUAAGUCUGGGCUUGGACCUGAUCUCCUACUGUCAGUCUGGGCUUGGACCUGGUCUCCUACUGUCAGUCUGGGCUUGGACCUGAUCUCCUACUGUCAGUCUGGGCUUGGACUCAAACUCCCACUGUCAGUCUGGGCUUGGACUCAAACUCCCACUGUCAGUCUGGGCUUGGACUCAAACUCCCACUGUCAGUCUGGGCUUGGACCUGAUCUCCUACUGUCAGUCUGGGCAGUCAGAGCUGUUCUGAUGCCAGUGAACCAUUCUGAACGAUAUCAAAACAUAUCAAUCUAAUGCCUAUCCCCCCAAAAAAGAUUUAAAUUAAAAUCAACUAGAUUUUUAAAGAAUUAAGAAGAUAUUUUGUUUUUGGUUAUGAUUGAAGUUAGAUAAUGAGUUGCAUUAGGACGGUUUUAGAAUGUUGAUUCUAGCUCGUCUCGGCCUGCGUUAUGUUUAAAACAGUGUCAUAGACUAUCGUGGACAGUUUUCAGUUCAGUUUUAGGAUCUUAUUAGGAUCUUAAUUAGGAUCAGCUUCAGUUUUAUCGCCCUAUAGACAUCUCUUGUUCUCGUGCCAUUUUUCUUUUUUCUUCUUUUUUUUACAUGAAUUUAGUGUCAACAGUCAACCGCCACCUUCAGUUCAGCUUGUCUGUUAUGGUGAUGUGUUGUUAUUGCAGGCUGCUUCCCGUCUGUAAUAGAAGAAGAGAAUGGUGAAGAAAGAGGAAGUAUUAGGAUUUUCUUUCUUUUUUGUGUAGUUUGAUUUCUGACUGUCUGAUGAUCUAUAUCACAUGGUGUGACGCUCUGUGAAACAUUAUUAUUUUAUUUUUUGUUGUUGCAACCUAUGGCUUGCAGAGAGAGAGAGAGGAGAGAGACAGAGAGAUAUAGUUCACAGAGAGAUGAUGGGAGACAGAGAGAGGAGGGAGACAGAGAUGUAGUUUACAGAGAGAGGAGACAGAGAGGAGACAGAGAGAGGGGGAGACAGAGAUGUAGUUUACAGAGAGAGGAGACAGAGAGAUAUAGUUCACAGAGAGAUGAUGGGAGACAGAGAGAGGAGGGAGACAGAGAUGUAGUUUACAGAGAGAGGAGACAGAGAGAGGGGGAGACAGCGAGAGGAGGGAGACAGAGAGAGGAGGGAGACAGAGAGAGGAGGGAGACAGAGAGAGGAGGGAGACAGAGAGAGGAGGGAGACAGAGAUGUAGUUUACUGAGAGAGGAGACGGAGAGAGGGGGAGACAGAGAGAGGAGGGAGACAGAGAGACAGAGAGAGGAGAGAGGAGGGAGACAGAGAGAGGAGGGAGACAGAGAGAGGAGGGAGACAGAGAGAGGAGGGAUCAUGGAGACAGAGAUACAGUUCACAGGGAUCAUGGCGACAGAGAGAUAUAGUUGACAGGGAUCAUGGAGACAGAGAGAUAUAGUUGACAGGGAUCAUGGAGACAGAGAGAUAUAGUUCACAGGGAUCAUGGAGUGUCAUUCAAGACAAAAACGAAUGGAGAGAAUCUUCUCCUCUCUUCUCUUCUUUCUCCUCUUUCCAGACUCCUUUAACUCCAUCCCUCCAUCCCCGGAGAAGAAAGAGCUCAAACAAAACAAAGGAAGAAGGACUAUAGGAGAUGGAUAAAAAGCCAAUCCACUGUCUUGGACACACAAUCGAGCCUUAAGCUAAGUGUUAUUGGAGGAGAGCCAUGUGUGGAGAAGCUAGUGCCACAUCUAUCCUGGAGUAGUACAACCGCCUUGGUCUUGGAUAAAUAGGCCUCGUGCUACUUUCUACAUUACUGCUUUUCUUUGGUUUCGCCCAACUGUUCUGUUUUAUGUUCCAUGAAAAAGGUUAACUAUAACCUGAGACAGAUUUUUGAGUUUUGAAGUCAAUCUGGGUUGGGUUUUGAAAUUGGUUGUGCCUGGAGCAAAACGAAAAGAGAGUGGGGUGGAGGGAUGACUGGAUGGAGGAUGAAGGGGGAGAGGUGGUGAACUCUGACUCUCCAAGUGCCUUGGAGCUCUCUCUCUAGGCCUGAUUGAACUGGCACCCUAUUCCCUAUGUAGCACACUAUCAGGCUCUGGUCACAAGUACUGCACUACUAUAGGGAAUAGGGCUCUGGUCUAUAGUAGUGCAUUAUAUAGGGAAUAGGGCUCUGGUCUAUAGUAGUGCACUAUAUAGUGAAUAGGGUUCUGGUCUAUAAUAGUGCAUUAUAUAGGGAAUAGGGCUCUGGUCACAAGUACUGCACUACUAUAGGGAAUAGGGCUCUGGUCUAUAGUAGUGCAUUAUAUAGGGAAUAGGGCUCUGGUCUAAAAUAGUGCACUAUAUAGGGAAUAUGGUUCUGGUCUAAAGUAGUGCACUAUAUAGGGCAUAGGGUUUGGGACUGAGCCAUAGUGUUACCUCUCCUGUCUGUGAGAGAGAACCACUCUCUCAAACCAACCACAUGGUUGUCACUAGUUACCACAGCCACAAAGUCAAAAUUGGCUAUAUCAUGAAAAGUAUUCAUUUAAGUUUAAAGUUGUGUAUGAGGUUGUCAUUGUGGUUAAGGUUAUGGCUAAGGUUUUAAAAUUGAAGUGAAUCAGAUCAUUUGUAUAAAUAUCAAUAAUAAUCAAUAAUGAUGACUUUGUGGCUGUGUUAACUAGACAGAUUACUGUUGGUAGACUUUGUACAGAAACAUGA